AUGUCUGUCAAGGGAACAAAAUCUUCCACCAAGAAGCCAAAGUAUGCUACACAGCUACCUACAAAUAUCUAUACUUCAUCAAGUGAUGCUGGAUGUGGAAUCAAACUCCAAAUAGGCAAGGAAUAUCUUCUUGCAGGUGCUACGCGGUCGAAGGACUACUAUUUCACUUUCCGAUGUGGCCAAAUUAUUGAUGACAGCCCGAUAGCGUUAACAGACUUUGGAAUGCCGAUGGAGUGGAAGCAUGUGUCGGUGAAAACGAAAUCUGCACUUACAGCGAUCAACUGUGAUAACUUCCGUGACAUUACGACCACCAAUCAACGAGAUAAAUUUUUACGCUGA